AUGUCUCUCCUUCCUUUCCCUCCAUGGCUCUCCCUCAUCCUCUAUCUCUCUCUACUUUUCAUCCUCCUUCAACGGAAAGCAGCUGCAAAUAGGAAAAAGGGUCACUUUCCCCCAAGCCCACCAAAGCUUCCAAUCAUAGGAAACUUGCACCAAUUUGGCAAGCUCCCACACAAAUCCCUAUGGCGCCUCUCCAAGCUUUACGGUCCCGUUAUCAGUCUCAGCCUAGGCAAUAUAGAAAUUAUCGUUAUAUUAUCCGCAGAGACCGCUCGUGCCCUCUUGAAAACUCAUGAUCUUCAAAGUUGCAACAAACCACAAACCCAUUCUAUCAAAAAACUCACUUACAAUUUCCUUGACAUUGCGUUUUCACCUUACGGUGAUUAUUGGCGGGAGAUACGCAAAAUUUGUAUGAUUGAGCUUUUCAGUAUGAAGAGAGUGUUAUCUUAUGAACCCAUUAGAGAGCAAGAAGUUCAUUUGCUUAUUGAAUCAAUUUUACAAUCAGCUUCUUGUGGAACUGCUGUUGAUCUUAGUGAGAAAUCCAUUGCUCUCACUACUGGUGUUAUUUCAAGAAUUGCAUUUGGGAAGCAGUUUAAAGGAGAUGGAUUUCACGAGCUUGUAAGUGAAGCUGAGGCCCUAUUGGGAAGCUAUAGUGCUUCUGAGUUUUUUCCUACUCCUUUUGUGGGGAAGAUAAUUGAUUGGCUUAGUGGUCGAGAAGCUAGACUUGAGAGGGUUUUUAAUGAGAUCAAUGCUCUGUUUCAAGAGGCAAUUGAUGAACAUAUUCGUCCAAAGAGAUCUAAGCCAGAGCAAGAUGAUAUCAUUGAUGUGCUUUUAGCUAUGAGUAAAAAGCAAGCUGAAUCUUACACCGUUGUCAUUACCCAAGAAAGCAUCAAAGCCAUUCUUUUGAAUAUAUUUUUAGCAGGAUUAGACACGGGUUCAAUUACACUAGUUUGGGCAAUGGCAGAACUCGUAAAGAACCCAAAAUUGAUGAAGAAAGCUCAAGAAGAAAUCAGAAACAAUUUGGGGAACAGACGAAAGGUAACAGAAAAAGACAUAGAACAACUUCCAUAUUUGAAAAUGAUAGUGAAAGAGACACUGAGACUACAUCCACCUGCACCUCUUCUUAUUCCAAGAGAAGUCAUUUCCCAUUUCAAAAUUGAAGGCUACGAUUUUUACCCAAAAACAAUGGUUCAAGUGAAUGUUUGGGCAAUUGGACGAGACCCCACAUACUGGAAAGACCCAGAAGAGUUCCUUCCAGAGAGAUUUGAAGAGAGCUCAAUUGAUUAUAAAGGACAACAUUUUAAGUUCUUACCGUUUGGGGCUGGUCGGAGGAUUUGCCCAGGGAUAAAUUUAGGGGUGAAGACGGUGGAGCUCGCUUUGGCGAAUCUUUUGUACCAUUUUAAUUGGAAGUUGCCAGAGGGGAUGAAGGAGGAGGACUUAGACAUGGAAGAGACUUCGGGUUUGAGUCUCACCAUCUACAAAAAGUUGCCUCUCAAAGUUGUACCAAUUUCGUAUCGUCCAUGA